AUGUCGAGGAAAACUGAAAUCUUCAAUAUGGAGCUCACUAACAGAAAAUUGGAGGACGAGGUUCGAGAAGUGAUGAAGCACCUCCGAGAGGUUGAAGCAAACGUGAAGCAAUUGGAUGACGCGGAACUCGAAAGUAUAAAGCAGAUUGAAUACAACUUUGAUCUCAAGAAAAAGGAAUUGCAAGUUAAUCACGAUAAGAGACUCAUGGACUUGAAAGAGGCUUUGUCCCGUGAAAUCGACCUGACUGUGGAAGCGGUUGCAAAACGAGACCAAGAACAACGGCGAGCUCUUCAAGAGGACCUUAGUGCCUUCGAGGAAAAGAUACGAUUGACACAGAAGGAGAAAACUAGAAGACUCAUCCUGAUCAAAGAGGGUCAUGGUAGAGCACUACAUGAGCUUCUGACCAAGUUAGAUGAUGAAGCGAAUGAGACAAGGAAGAGAUCCUCCGAGUUGGGGGAAGCUUCGUCCGCUGUAUCUUCAAAAAUAAAAGACGUGCAGCGUUUCCUCGCCAGCGAGUUGCAACUCAAACAAGCUGCGUUAGAACAUGAAAUGACUGCUUUGGAAAAGAACUUCACAAGCAUGGAGAAGGACAAAAUUAGGAUUCAAGAGAAGAUCAAUGACACAGUUGCUGAGAUUGAGCAACAAAGAAACUCAAUCUCUAGUCACGUUGAUAACAUUGAGGGGUAUAAGAAAGAGACCACUGCAAUCAGUGAGCAAUUUCCAGCGCUCGAACAACAGAGACGAGUACUUCACGCAAAACUUCAUGACCUCAAGGGAAAUAUAAGGGUAUUUUGCAGGAUACGCCCGGAUGAAAGUGGCUCUUCUGCGAGAAUUGAGGCUUCUUCUCCUGAGAUUUUUGGUGACAACGGUAAGCAGGACCUUAUCGUCUCGAAAUCUGAGCCUACAUCACUGUGGAGCUACACAAAUGCUGCGCGUCAUGAUGCAAAUUCAUUUCAAUUCGAUAAAAUCUUCGAUAUCGGAACAAAAAAUUCUGAGAUAUUUGAGGAAUGGUGUCAAUUGGUUCAAUGCGCAUUGGAUGGAUCUAAUGUUUGCGUGUUUGCGUAUGGUCAAACUGGAUCAGGCAAGACAUACACUAUGUCCAAUGAAGGUGACGGCAUGAUACCAUCAUCUAUCAGCAAAAUUUUCCACGAUGUCGAGGAGCUCAAGGCACAAGGAUGGAGUCAUGAAGUGGAAGCCAGCUUUAUCGAAAUUUACAAUGAAACUAUUGUGGAUUUGUUCAGUGAUUCAGGCAAGCCUGCAAAGCAUGAGAUCAAACAUGAUGACACCACUGGCACUACUGUUGUCACUAACCUCAAGACAAACAUUAUGAAUGGUGUUACUGAAGCGCUUGAAUGUCUAUUGAAAGCCAAUAAGAGACGAGCAACCGCAGCAACAGAUGCAAACGAGCGGUCCUCAAGAUCACAUUCGGUGCUUACUAUCAGGAUAAAGGUCUCUUUCGUGUCUCGGUGA